CUGACUGAGGAGAGCAAAGAUGGUUUAGUGGAGAGACUUUGACGCGUCCGUUCAGGGGAAUUUUUUUUUGUGUGUGUGACAGGAUUGCCGCAGAUAGCAAGUCGCAGCGAAAGUCCCACCGAGUCUCAGGAGGCGUUUGAAUAGUUCUCUGAGGUGUUUUUAGCGGGAUUUGGACGUUUCAGUGUGCAUUUUUUGGAAAAUAUUUGGAUAUGGCAGCUCGGUUUUGGUCGGGUCGCGAGACACUUUUAUUGAGGUGUUGUUAGCUAGCGAGCUAGCCAAGACUGGUUUUAGCUUAAACACUCCGGACUCAAACGGUGAAAACGUGGAUUUUAAAGACAGAAACAUUUCGCAAACACAUGUCAAACCUUUAUUUCUACAGUAUACACCGAAGGUUUGGUUUAGUAGCGACGACAAAACGCAGUUUUUGGAUGGCUGACUGCGGUUUGGACGAGAAAUCCUGUCGCCUCGACGUGUUUUCCUUGGACCGGGCUGAUAUGGAUUUAUCCGUGUGGACACCUUCAAACUAAAUCCCAAUUUUUAUUUUAUUAUUCGUAUGUAUCGUUACUUAUGGACACUAGUUGUUAGUAUUAACUCUGAAACUGGAUAUCAUCACAAACAUUUAUUUAUGAACUUGUAACUUGAGAAGUGACAGCUCAAAAUCAGGCUUCAACUUUCAGUUAAUGAGAAGAAAGAAGAAGAAAAAAAAAACCCUGGAAUGAAAUGUUGUGAUUAAGAAGGUAUGGUAUGUUAUCAUUAAUAAAUACCAUGAAUUUAAUCAGGAGAAAAUGUUUCUCAUGGAGAAAUGGAUGCUGUCUAAAUGUUGUACAGACUCUGAUUCAGCUCCACGUGUAGUCACCACUUUUUUUUUAAAAACUUUAUUAUUAUAUAUUUUUUAAAAGUGUCAUAUUCAUCUUGAACUGAAAAGGGGGGGGAAAAAAUCCAAUGGAGAUGUUUUCUCUCUGCUGUGUGGACUGUGUUUUAUCACACAGCGGAUCCGAUGUGAAGCUGAAGAUGCUUUCAUGAAGACUCUCUUGACAUUAGUGACGCUUCAUAAACAUUGGAGAGAAAAUCCUCAAAACUAAGACAGAUCCAUCAUCCGUGCAUGAUUUGUUUCGGAUAUUAUUCUGAACUGAGGACUGAACCAUCAGCCUGAAGAUGGGAUCUGCGACUAAACUUGCAUUCGCUGUUUUCCUCAUCUCCUGCUCAUCAGGAGCGAUCCUGGGCCGAUCGGACACGCGGGAGUGCAUAUUCUUCAACUCCAACUGGGAGAAAGACCGGACAAACCGCAGCGGAAUCGAGCCAUGUGCUGGAGAGAAAGACAAGCGCAGACACUGCUUCUCCACGUGGAAGAACAGCUCGGGAACCAUCGAGCUCGUCAAACAGGGCUGCUGGCUCGACGACGUCAACUGCUACGACAGUAGCGAGUGUGUGGAGAAGAAAGACAGCCCUGAAGUGUUUUUCUGCUGCUGUGAGGGCAACAUGUGCAACGAGAAGAUUUACUACAGCCCCGAGAUUAUACAUACCACGUCGAACCCGCUGACGCCGAAGCCGGAGCUGUUCAACACGCUGCUCUACUCUCUGGUGCCAAUCAUGGGUAUUGCUGCCAUCCUGCUCUUCUCCUUCUGGAUGUACCACCACCACAAGCUGGCGUACCCGCCCGUGCUCGUCCCCACACAGGACCCUGGGUUGACGCCUCCCUCUCCACUCCUGGGCCAGAAGCCGUUGCAGUUACUGGAGAUCAAGGCCAGGGGGCGCUUUGGCUGCGUGUGGAAAGCACAGCUGCUCAACGAACAUGUGGCUGUGAAGAUCUUCCCCAUCCAGAAUAAGCAGUCAUGGCAGAACGAGUAUGAGAUGUACAGCUUGAGUGGGAUGAAACAUGAGAACAUCCUCAACUUCAUCGGCGCUGAGAAGAGAGGAAACGGCAUGGACAUCGAGCUGUGGCUCAUUACAGCUUACCAUGAGAAGGGCUCGCUGACUGAUUACCUGAAGGCUAAUGUGGUGUCGUGGAAUGAGCUGUGUCACAUAGCUCAGACUUUUGCACGAGGUUUGGCAUAUAUGCACGAGGACAUCCCGGGCCUGAAGGACGGCCACAAGCCUGUCGUUGCACACAGGGAUAUUAAGAGUAAGAACAUACUGUUGAAGAACAAUCUCACCGCCUGUAUUGCUGACUUUGGCCUCGCUCUCAAGUUUGAGGCGGGAAAAUCUGCAGGUGACACACACGGACAGGUGGGUACUCGGCGGUACAUGGCUCCAGAGGUGUUGGAAGGAGCCAUAAAUUUCCAGCGAGACUCCUUCCUGAGGAUUGAUAUGUAUGCUGCAGGACUUGUGCUGUGGGAACUGGCAUCCCGCUGCACUGCUGCCGACGGUCCAGUGGAUGAGUAUGCAUUGCCGUUUGAGGAGGAGGUGGGUCAACAUCCCUCGUUAGAGGACAUGCAGGAAGUCGUCGUACACAAGAAACUCAGACCCACUUUAAGAGAAUACUGGCAGAAACAUGCGGGCCUGGCCACGCUGUGCGAGACCAUAGAGGAGUGCUGGGAUCACGAAGCCGAGGCUCGCCUCUCGGCCGGCUGCGUGGAGGAGCGCAUCAUCACUAUGCAGCGACAGACCAACCUCAUCGCCCCUGACGACAUCCUCACCGUCGUCACUAUGGUGACCAACCUGGACUACCCGCCCAAAGAGUCCAGCCUAUGAUGCAUCACCUCAUCAGCCAAUCAGACUGCAUAGGUGGGAUAAGGUAGAGCACAGGGUGCUACCAGCAUCUCCUGCUUCGGGUGCGCGUGCGUGCGUGCGUGUGUGUGUGUGUGUGUGCGCGUGCACAUACGAGGACACAAGCGUGUGAGACAGUUUAAUCCUUACGGACUCCUGGAGAGAAAGAAAAGACUUGAAAACUGAUCACACACAAACACACACAUAUAAGGACCUUCAGAUGGGAGGCUCAAGAAAGGAAGUCGCCGUUUGCACCAAAAGUGUUCUUUUUCCACAAGCGGGAAACUUCCUGAUUUUUUUUUCUUUCUUUUUUUUUUUUUUUUAAACAAGAGUGAAGACUUUUAACAAAAAAAAUACAGUUUGGUUUUAGUAUGAAAAGGGCAACACUCAUAAACUGCAGUUGCUUUUUUUCCUCCUCCUGCAAGUUCUUAUGAAUCAUUAUUGUAACACCAAUAAGAAAGCGCUUCUGAAUGUCCAGUACUACUGUUCUCUCUCUCUCUCUCUCUCUCUCUCUCUCUCUCUCUCUCUCUCUCUCACACACACACACACACACACACACACACACACACACACACACACACACACACACACACACACACACACACACACACACACUAAACAUGUCAUACACAGCCAUACACACGAGUCUCGGGGCACCUCCCCUCAUGUUCCAAUGAACAAAAGCAACGUUUCACGUUCUAUGCAACAAGUGACAUUUGAAUUGAGAUUUUCACCAAUUUAUGCAAAUUAGUUAAUUCAACAAAUGAAAAUGAUUGGCGUUCAUCAGUUUCCCGGUCCUAUAGUGCGAGUCAGAGUAAGGAAUUAGGAAUGGACGUUUUGUUUUAGACUUAAAGGUACACACCAACUAUUUUGCCCAUCAUUAGCUGAAGCGAAAUAUUUUGAAAUUCAAAACGUCAACUAAAUACACACUCUCUCUCCAAAGCUACACCCCCAAGCUCCAGUGACGUGUUCAGGGGUUCCUGUACUGAUGCCUUCUGGGAGAUCCUAAAUAUGUCCCAUAUUUAAAUUUCACUAGACCUCCUCCACACACACACACACACAAACACAUACACACUCACAUGCAACAUUUCUGCCUUUCCAUAUUGCCUUUAUUUCUUUGUCUGAUGAGUUCUAAUAUUUUUUGGAUGGAUUGUUGGUAAGAUCUGUGCCCCAUUGUCUUUUAAAAUCUCGAGGAUGGAGUGCUGGAGUCACUUGGCAAUGUGUAUUUAACACUAUUUGUAUUAGAUUUUCUCUUCCAUCACCCCUGUUUUCAAAAGCUAAUGUUAAUUUAUCUUUCUCUCUCUCACACACACACACACACACACACACACACACACACACACCAUGCAGCUCAGUUGCUCUGGUUUUCAUGAUACACCUCAGGUAACCUCUUGGUAUUUCUCCUCCUCUCUCCUCUGUUCAUUCUGGUGCCAUUGAAACAAUAAUCUGGCUCUCUUGAUUUAUUUUUCAUUUUCUACACACACACACACACACACACACACACACACACACGGGUUGUGCGUAUUUCUUACGACACUAAACCUUUCGUUCUCUCUCUCUCUCUGUACAUAUGGAAACACAACAUCAGUAUUCAGGGAUCCAGCACUAUGCGUUUGUAAGAUUACAGCUCUUAUGCAAUCAUGCCAGCUGCAACAGCAACAUCUGUAACUGUAGCAUUUCUUUGAAACGCUGGCUGCUUUUCGGUUAUUUAUUUUCAUGCUACAGUGGGUGCCAAUACUUAAAAACGUAUACUAAAUACAUACACAACUGAUCUCCACAUGAUCAACAUGCAGAAACACUAAACCAGACACACACACACACUACUGUUUCUCAUCACACUAUGUACGGUAUUGCAGACGAAAGGGGUGCUCUAGUGCUAUUGCGUCAUGUGUAUGUGUGUAUGUGAUUUUGUAACCUGUUUGAGGAGCAACAGGAGUGUAUAGAUGUCAUCGUGCUGUGAAAUUACAGAAAACACAUCAGCUGCGCAAGCUGCGCAGGCUGCUCAUCAGUGGGCCGGGGUGUGUGUGUGUGUGUUUGUAGGGGCAGAGUUAAGCUCUAAACGUAUAACACUUUCAUCUUCAGCCAAGCCUGCUUGUCUUUAUUGACCGUGUCGCAGGCCUGCUGAAGCUGCACAUAGCUGUAAAUACAGUGUGAAUGUUGUAUGUUGUAGAUUACCAGUAUAGCAUGAAGUUGUUUUAUUUUUAAAGGUAAUCACGAGGCAAAAAAUAGUCCUUUUAAAGAAAAGAAAAAAAAGAAAAAAAUUACCUAUUCAAUAGUGAGAUGUUACAGUUUUAUAUAUAACUAGAUUUGGGUCGUAUUAAUUUAUGUCAAGCCCUGAAAAUGUCACUUAAACAAACCCCGCUGUGAAUCAUGGGGUUUACUACUUUGUUUAUAUUUUUUGCUUUGGUUAUUUAUAUAUAUAUAUAUAUAUAUAUAUAUAUAUAUAUAUAUAUAUAUAUAUAUAUAUAUAUAUAUAUAUAUAUUCUCAACACAAAUGAAAAGUCGUGCUUUGCAGACUGAACUGAAAGCGUGGACUACAUACAAAACUACGCUAGACAGGACGUGAGCUAAUAAAUUACUGUGUGUAGUGCACUAGGGUUGCACAAUGUGGACAAACAGAAUAUUAAGCAUAAACAGUCUCGGAUUGGCAUUUAAAGGUGCAGUUUGUAAUGAUUUAAAGUGUUUCUAGACCUGAAAUGUUUGGUUUUUAUGUUCUAGCUGGAGCUCGGAAAUUCUGAAGUUACAAGUUACGCGGUGUUCCCUCUGCCUCCAGUGAGCUCUGAGCUGUUUAGCUCUGCCCUUUCAUUUUUCUCAAAAUGCAAGCCACAAGGCAUGCGUGGUUCAGAGGUGCCAACAUUUCUAACAAGAAAAUUCCUCGAUAAAUCCGGCAAACAGGAAACAGAAACGGAUUUUACCACAAAAACGAGAUGUGCAGCAGUAAGAAAAUAACUUUUUUUUUUUCUUUCUUUCUUUUUCUUUUACAAGCCAAAGAGACCACAGCCCCGCCUUUUGUGUUUUUUUUUUUUUUUAAUUGGCUCGAAAGACCGAUGCUCAUAAAUUCACAAGUUCACCUAGAUAACUUCAACGUGAAGCACCGCUACCAGACACAAAUUCAUCUUUCACAUCUCGCCUCCUUUCCCCUUCAGUGAAUUGGCUUUUCCGCCAGGUCAGUUGCAGGGAGAAAAAGAGGAAUGCUUCAUGAUGUUUUCAUUGCAAUUGUAAUUCACCUUCCAGACAGCAGAGGGCACUAACAUGGCAAACUGCUCCUUUAACUUGACUGGUUUUAACAAAACACUUACAGAACGUGUCUGUGCUCAGAAUUCUCACCAGACACGAUAUAGUUUGUGGUUCUAGCGCUUAUAUGCAAUUCCCAAUAAUUUUUUUUUUUUUUCUUAAAACAACAGUAUAUUGUGCAGCCCUAUAGUGCAGUAUAUGAUCAUUAUUUUUGGAUUGUCUCUGUAAUCCAUCCAUGUGAUCCAGGCUCAUGUGAGGAAUUGGUGAAGAAAGCAACAAAUCUGAUCCUGGGUUAGAAUUGCUUGAGAUCAGAUUAUGAGCUCUGCCACGGGAUUAGCCAGCAGUGUUUUUAUUUUCUAAACCCAAACGCAUUACCUCUGUGACGGAGCCUGUCUCUCUCGCGCGCUCUCUCUGUCUCCCUCUCUCUCUCUCUCUCUCUCUCUCUCUCUCUCUCUCUCUCUCUCUCUCUCUCUCUCUCUCUCUCUCUGUCGCACGGCAGAGUCUCAGCUUCUGAUCUGGGAACAGGCCUUGAAGGAGUGCUUGUUAAAUACUGUACAGCUGAAAUGUAUGCUCUUCCCUUCAAUAAAGUGACUGCUCUGUUCGA